AUGAUUCUGACAGCUUCUGUCCUAAUGAUUGCUAUUGCCUACUCUAACUCAGAAGAUUUCUGUUACGAUGAAGACUACUGUGAUCCCUAUGCAUGGGGGGACACUUUUCCAUCCUGUCACCCCUUGCUUGAAGAACACCACUCCCCAAUUAACUUGAACGGCCAGAUGACCAGAAAUGAAUCAUUGGGGCCAUUGCGGUUUGAAGGAUUUGAUGCUGUCCAACCAGGUCACUGGACACUGGUAAACAACGGACACUCUGUUGUUUUGGAGUUGGGCAGUGGUAUGUCAGUCAGUGGUGGAAGUCUCCCAGGUGUGUUUCAGACCAUCCAACUGCAUUUUCACUGGGGAAGUCCCUCCUCUAAUGGCUCUGAGCACACAAUAGACAGGCACAGAUACCCAAUGGAGAUGCACAUAGUCAACAUGAAGUCUAUCCAUCCCAACUUGUCUGCUGCCUUGGACGACCCCACUGGCCUUGCUGUUCUUGGAUUCUUUAUUGACGUUGCCUAUGCAGACAAUGUGCACUUUGGUCACGUAACUCAGAAACUUUCCGCUGUCGCUUACAAAGGUCAAAAGACUUCAAUCAAGCCAUUUCCACUGAUGAACCUCUUGCCUGAGCAUAAUAUGAGCCAGUAUUACCGUUACCAUGGCAGCCUGACCACGCCUCCCUGUUCUCCAGUGGUUGUGUGGACUCUGUAUGAAGUGCCUGUCUACAUCUCCUGGUCACAACUGGAGCAGUUUGACGCAGGAAUCUAUUCCACAGGGAAGGAUGCAGAGCAUGCAACACGCCUCCACAACAACUUCCGACACAUCCACCCUACCUUCAGUCGCGUCAUUUAUGCAUCCAAAGAUGCCAAAAUUCUCAAAGGGAAAGCAGCUCAUUUCUUCAGUUCAGCGUUUUCACUAUUUUUUCUUCAAAUAGCUUUGCUUGGAGGCUUUAUUUCUGAACUUUAG